GGCCUUUAGCGUACCACAAAAAUAAAAUAAAAACAAGAUGGCGUCGUCCAGUAAUGAAGUUGAUUGUACAGGGUUAUCAAGGGAUGUAUGGCUUGUUAAGGUGCCAAAACACCUCUCCACGUCAUGGAUGGAAAACACAGACAAAUCAGGCAUUGUAGGCAGUCUGAGAAUAAGCAAAAACACACAAAAGAAUGAGAUUACAUUUAACCUAUCCGAGUCAUUAGCUAGUGGAAGUGAUGGGAAUGAAAAGCCCAAAAUUCCCAGUGAUUAUAAAUUAUUAAUGUCCAAAGUUGACCAGUCAUUGGUAGUAUUUUCACAAGGACCGACAGGAAGUGCUGAUGAACCAGAUGAGUCAGAACCAGCAGAUAAGGUUUCAUUAGAAGGAAAAGUGGUUCAGAGAGCAGAUUUUAGACCUGUUCAUUCCAAUGCUGAAUACCUAUCUCUCAAAAGGCAAUCCAUUCUAACUGCCAGUAAACCAAUGAGGCAGGCCAAACAGCUUAAGACAGUAGUUACCAGCUCAUAUAAACCAGUUUCUGACCAUAAAAUGAACAUUGAUUAUGAUAAGAAAAAGAAGGAAGAAGGAAAGAGGGCCAGGAUAGCUGAAGAUGAAGUAAAAGCCAAACUUUUCCAUGCCUUUGGGCAACAUCAAUACUACAACCUGAAGGAUUUGGUCAAUAUAACAAAUCAACCUAUUAUUUAUCUUAAAAGCAUUUUGAAGGAAAUAGCUCACUACAACACCAAGAAUCCUCAUAAAAAUAUGUGGGAGCUUAAGCCAGAGUAUAGACACUAUGAAAAAGAGUCUGAUGAUGAAAAGGGACCCUGAAGUGAUAACUGAAAUAAUUAUAAAAGAAUAUAACAAAAAAAUGUYAUUAUAUAAAAUAUCAGAUUUAUUGAACUUAUUUUAUGUACACUCUGUGGUAAGGUAAGGUAUCUUUAUUUCAACACUUUCUACCAAAAUGCCAUGAAUAAAAUUUACAAAAGUGUAAA